CGGGUAGUAUAUUAUAGUAGCAGCGUGCCUACGGGCUUCUCUGCCAUUGCAGUGCAGUGCAGGGGUCCCUCUCGCCUUAACCACCCAACCAACUACCUCCCCAAACAGUCGCCGCCGCCGCGCGCCGAGCUCGAGCUACCUGAGCUGCUCCCAUGUCGUCCUCGUCCUCGUCGGCCGGCGGCUCCCACGCCGGCCUCGCCCUCGCCGCCACCGCCAUGGCGCUCUCCGGCACCCUCGUCCUCUUCUCCCUCUGCCGCGCCAACAAGCCGCCUCACCACGACGACGCCCCUGCUCGCCUCCGCCCCUGCCUCUCCUCCUCCGAGAAGCGGAAGAGGGAGAAGGCGCGGCGCGGGAGCAAGAAGCGGGUGAGGUUCGCCGCCGACGUCGUCGACAACGACAGCAAUGCGUCGUCCCGCCCGGCGGCGGCCGAGCCGUCGUGCAGGAACGCGGCGGCGACGGCGGCGACGGCGAUGCCGGCGAACCGGGAGGCGCUGUACCGCGGCAUGCUCCGCGGCCGCUCCAUGCUCAGGGUCGCCUGCUCCUACUAGCUCCAGCUAAUUAAUCUGCCAUUAGUCCCUUAAUCCGGAACUUGUUGCUUCUGUUUGCUCCCUUGCUGAUCGCUAAUCGCCGCCGCUAAUCAUCGGGAAGUUUUGUAAUUAGCGUGCAUCCCGAUGCACGAGCGAGCGAGCGAUCAGCAGCAGUGCAGGUGAUUGUAGCUGUACUUGUUGUACGUGUACAUUAUUAUUGUUAUUCUGGGUGAUUAGUGAAUUAUUAAUCCAUUGAAGCUUCCGAUCUUGCA